AUGGAGUAUACUGCCAUUGCGAUGGACGGCACCAUGAACGCCACUGUCAACACCGGCAACAUUCUCGAGGCUAGAAUACUCGCCACAGGUCCUUCUCACCUUAUUAAGAAGCGCCUAGCCGACUGGCCCCGGAGCAAUUAUCGCAAGUCCGGGAGCUGGAGCUCGAGACGUGAGUCCUCGGUCGACCCCGAGGACCUCGCCAUCGUGACGAGCAACAUGCCAGAGGGUCGCUAUGCGGAUGAGUGUACCGUCGAGGAGGCCGAUGAUGACUUCUCACUGUGUACAAACGACGGCUCGCCCCGUUACAACCAGAGGGUCAGGAGCUUGCCGCAGGUCCCCUGUCCUCCUCGACCGGGCCCAAGGUCAAGUACCGCAAGCCCCUUUCUUGGAGAUCUAAAUGUACCUUCAUGGCGACUUCAAAAAACUUCGGCAGCCUCGUCACCGCCGUCUCCGAGGUCGACUUGUUUGAGAAGUUUGCUAUCGAUGACAGCGCAACGUUGUCGGUUCCUCGACCUUAAAACCACUGAUGCCGUCCUAAUGAAUGAUUACACCGUCAUAAAGGAGGCUGACGGGGAGAUUUGUUUUGCGUCCUUCGUCGAGUUCAUCUACAUUCGGACCACCAUAUCCUGCCUCCCAGAUCCUGACCACCCUGGAGGCAUCCGGAUCAUGGAGGAAACCAUCGACUGGGCCAAUGGAGAGGAUACCACCGUCACUUUCGUCGAGUUCAUCUUCUCCGACACAUACACAGCCCACACUCUUUGGUGA